GUAUUCAGCUCCUCAGUGACUCUGAGCGCCAACAGGGGCUGGAGUCACUUGUGGGCCGAGUUGCCUGGUCGAGAAUAUGCAGUGGACAUCAACGUUGAGCAAUUAUGGCUAUAUUUAUGAUUUUAAAGCAAGAUUCUUUCAAAUCAAAGUCAGCCAUGUACCAACUAGCAUCAGUAGUACUGCCAAAUGCCAUUUAGUACUGCGUGGCCAUUCUCCGGGAAGCUUUGUUCGCCCUCUAAUUAGGGGCGCGUCGAGCGUAUAGAAGCAGCAUCGUGCCUUCGGGGGUACACCUUUUUGAGCUUUCGGGGCCCGCGUUUGGAGAUUAACGGCGUCCUCGCAUUCUCAAAUUCCUACAUGCGUCGUCUCACAUCGCCCUCCAGCCUCCUGCAGGCCAUGCUCGGCUGCAUGGCCGUGGUGGACUCGUCGCUGGCUCAGGACAUCCCGCGCAUCGUGGUCGUGGCGCUGAGGCUCGCCAGAGCGCUGGUGUCGUUGCUGGUGCUCCGCAGUCCCGCGUGCGGCUUCUCGGCGCUGCUGCACGCGGUCACCCUGCAGAAGUGCCUGCAGGCCCGCCUGUGGGAGGACUCGCCGCACGUGGCCCGCCAACUCGAGCACAUCGGUCCGGCGCUGUCCAGCAGCCUGGUCCGCGCUGGUCUCACAAGCCUGGACAAGCUGGCCAAUGCGAAUCCCCGAGAACUGGAGCUGGUGGUGAACCGCCGGCCGCCGUUCGGAUCGCGCGUAGUGCUCGCAGCCAGGCGCAUACCGAAGUACGAGCUGGACGUCAAGCAGGAAUCGUGCCGAGGGGACCACGUGACGUUGUCUCUGCUGGUGCAACUGCGCCCUCUCGUGGAAGGCCGCACAGGCGAGAGCCCUUCGCUGGACCUUGCUGCCGCGCACCUGGUCAUCGGUGACGCCGACGACCGACUGCUGUUCUACCAGCGGAUACUGCCGCACCACAUGGCGGUUGGUUGGGCUCGGCGCAUAGCUCUGCGUCGGGCCGGCUCCGGGGACAGCCUCGCCAUCUGCCUGGUCAGCAGCAAGCAUGUGGGCGUGGACGUGAGGCGCAACUUCACCCCUCGCUACGCCAGUGACAACAUCACGCUCCGCUCUCCCUGGAUUAGGAAGGUCGAGGACGCUGUGGCCAGCAACUCCCUGCCAAAGCCGACCGUCAGCCGUCCGUCUCGCGUCGACAGCACUGGCAAGGCGAGGAAUGCGAGCGUCGUGCUGCCUUCGAGCGACACUGCGGGGCCACCGACAGCUGGAAACGAAGGCGGCGCACGCAGCCGUGGAGACCUCGAUCGGCGGCAGUGCACGCCACGCAGCACGUCUUGCAAGCAGACGGGCCACGCGGCGGACGAGCUGCAGUGCGACGACGCCGAGCCCUGCGGCGGGGAGAGCAGCGACACGUGGAACGCAACGGAGCCUGCGGAAACAGAAGAGAGAGCAGAAGACCUUGCUCUAGCCGGUGCAGGACAUCAUGACGGCGCCACAGACGCCACGUGCCCGGAGAGUGUCGCGGAGCAGCAUGCGGACACUGCCGACCAGUGGAAAAGCCAGGCGGACGAUCUGGAUGCCGUCGUCGCCGAGCUGGCUCACCGCUACUUCCCUCACCUGCUACCUUUGUGAAGAAGCGCCUCGUUGUGCACGGGCUGGCACGGAGCUCGUACUACCGCGAGCGCCGUUACCACCGCUGGCGGUUUCUCACACUGUGUAUAAACCGCAGUGUGGCAGUCGUGUGCUGCAGUUACUCAUGUUGAUACUUCAAUAAAUUUUUUUUCUGAUACUCA